UGUCAAAAGCAUAAUUUAAAAAAAAACAACGAUGAAAAAAAUGAGAAAAAUAGGGUUUAAAUACUUAUUUUAAUACUUUCAGUAGGAAAGUAAUUAUUCAUCUAAUUUGUGUAUUAUAAAUUAUGAUAAAUUAGUGAGAUUUAAUUUUUUUUCUUUUUAAUUGAUUAAGUGUCAUUUAGAUUUUGUCGCAUGAUAAAAAAAGGAACGGUCCACGUGAAGGACGACUCACACACUUAAAAAUAAAAAAAAGAAUAAUAUUCAAGGAGUAUUGGUAUUUUAUUGCCUUUGAAACAAAUUUAUUUAAUUAUUUGUUAAAUAUAUUGCAGCAAUUACACUUUUAAACAUGUUUAUUAGAAAUCGAAUAAUUCAGAGGUUAUGUCAACAAUGUAUAAAAGGUUUAAAAAGAAAACAAAAUUCAUUGACAUGCACUUAUUUAAAGAAAAUUGAAAGACAAUUUUGUCAGUCAACGAUAAAUUGUCAAACUCGCGAUUUAGUUAAUCCAGAAGUGUCGUCGUUGGAAAAAAAUUUACCAGUGAACCGAUUUGCAAAAAGAACCCAUACAUGUGGUGAAUUAGGAAUUGAAAAUGUUGGCGAAAAUAUCACACUCUCCGGAUGGGUCGAGUUCCAAAGAAUGGGAAAAUUUGUCAUUUUACGUGAUGGAUAUGGAUCAACACAAUUGCUCAUUCCCGAGGAGCGAAAAGAUUUGUAUGAGAUGACGCGAAAUUUGACAUUUGAAAGUGUCAUAACGGCAACUGGUCGAGUUGUAGAAAGACCGGCAGGUCAAGAAAACAAAUCAAUGGAAACAGGUAAAAUUGAAAUUUUAGUUGAAUCCGUCAAUGUUUUAAAUGAAGCAAAAGCACAAUUACCAUUUUCGCUGAGGCAAUUCAAUAAAGCAAAGGAACAAUUACAAAUGCAAUAUCGUUAUCUUGCAUUGAGAUUUCCCGAGUUACAGCGAAAUUUGAAAAUGAGAUCAGAAAUUGUUUCGAGAAUGAGAGAGUACUUAUUGAACUAUUGUGGUUUCGUAGACAUUGAAACUCCGACACUUUUUCGACGAACUCCCGGGGGCGCUCGGGAGUUUGUCGUACCCACGAGAUUUGAGGGAAAAUUUUAUUCCCUCGUGCAAAGUCCACAACAAUUUAAACAAUUGUUAAUGAUCGGUGGUUUCGAUAGGUAUUUUCAAAUUGCUCGUUGUUACAGAGACGAAGGUUCGCGACCUGAUCGACAGCCCGAAUUCACACAAUUAGAUAUAGAAAUGUCUUUCUCGGAUCGUGAGAAAUUAAUGCAAUUAGUUGAAGAAUUAAUAGUCUUCUGUUGGCCACAAGAAUUCGGUUCUAUACAGCUUCCUUUUCCUCAGAUAACUUUUGCAGACUCUAUGGAAAAAUAUGGCGUUGAUGCGCCGGAUUUGCUAAUUCCAUUUCAGCUUCAGAAUAUAACAGAAUGUUUUGAUUCUGAUUUUUCGUCUGAAAAUGAAACUUUUGGGGCUUAUGCUGUCGUUUUUCCAGGAUGUAGUAAACAUCUUACAAAGGCAAUUCAAGAGAAACUGAGCAAUGCACAAAGAAUGUAUUUCAAAAAUACAAAAUUGCUGCAACUGAAAUUUUCAAAAGACAGUUUAUCAGCGAAAUUAGCCAAAAGUCUUUCUGAAAAUUCAGCAAAGAAUACUUUAGAAAAACUUGAACUGAAUGAUGGUGAUGCUAUAUUUUUGGCAUAUGGAAACAAAACAGAUUCUCAAAGUGUUGUUGGAAAAUUACGAGUUCAAUUCGCGGAUAUCUUGGAAUCAAAUGGACAUAAUAUACGAUCUCCGGGAUAUAAAUUUAUUUGGAUCGUGGACUUUCCUCUAUUUACACUCGAGGAUGGAAAUUUAAAAUCUACUCAUCAUCCAUUUACUCGUCCUCAUCAUGAAGACAUGGAAUAUUUAGCCACUGAUCCCAUAAAGGUUCGAGGUUUACAUUAUGAUUUGGUGAUGAAUGGCAUUGAAAUUGGAGGAGGUUCAACUAGAAUUCACGAACCAGAAUUACAGACAAAUAUUUUAAAGAUGUUAGACAUAAGCACGGAUCAAUUGAAUCAUUUAAUUGAAGCUCUUUCAUGUGGUGCUCCUCCUCACGGUGGAAUUGCAUUGGGUAUUGAUCGUUUCAUUUCUAUUCUUUGUAAAUCGGCGAGUAUAAGAGAAGUGAUGGCGUUCCCAAAAACUUUAGAGGGUAAAGAUUUAAUGUCAGAAGCACCAGCGUCAAUUUCUGAUGAAGAAAAGCAAUUUUAUCACCUAAAAUAAUGAUUCCCAAAUAAUUAAUUCAUAAUUGAAAAUAAUGUGACAUUGUUGAAAAUAUGCUUACAAAAGAAUUAUGUGUUUAUCAAUGAAUAUUAUCAGCGCUGUAAAAUUUGAAAAGAAAUAUCGAAAACUUUGAAAAUGAUUUCAAUAUUUUUUAGUAAAAAAAAAACAGUAGAAAAAGGAGAUUUUUCUUAAAAGAAUAAAAUUUCAAGGUUUUCAAAUUUUUCUCUCAUCCAGAAAAAAAUAUCGAACCUUUUGAAUUUAUUUUUUUUAACGCACUGACACACAAUUUUAUUUAACUUAACUCACAAUUUACAUGAACAAACGGGAAAUUUUUUUUAUUAUAUUUACGGAAAUUCGUGCGAUCUAAGAAAUUUAAAAACAAUACUUGUGCUAAAUUCUAAAAUCGCAAAAAAAGUUUCGCAAUUUAGAAUUUAAUUUUUUCUUUUUAUAAUGGAAGAAAUGAUUCACUCUUGAGACUGGCUUAAAAAGAAGGAAAAAAAUCGAAUGAAACCUAUUGCCUCGUUAUUUUCUCGUUCUCUAUUUGGAAGCCAAUUGCGAAGGAACAAAUUAAUUCAACUAUUAUUCAUUAUUUGUUAAUUAUAAUAAUUAUGAAAGAGAAAAAAAAACAUCGUUAUCAUUAUUACACGAGUAACAGCCACUUAUUUUUCACUUAAUUAAUAAUAUGAAAUAUUAUUUAAUUAUCUACACUUUUAACGUUUUCAUUGUUAAAUUUCUUUAAAUUUCUCAAUUUUUGAAAAGAAAUAGAAAAAUUGAUUAAUUUUUACAUAAAUUGGAGUAAAAAAAAAUUUACUGAAUUAUGAGAUGUUUUUUUUACAAACAAAAGAAGAAAAAUCUAGCAUAUAACGUAACGAAACGGGAAAAUUUUCAUUUUAUUUUUUAUAAUUUCGAAAAAAAUGUAUAUUUUUUAUUUAAAUUAUAAAUAAAGAGAAAUAAAAAUAUUUUUUUUUUACUCAAAUUUUGUAACUGAUUUUCUUUUGAACAUAACAAGAGAAUUUUAAUUAUCGUUUAUUCGUUAUAUAUGUAUAAUAUUUAUAACAUUCAAACGGAAUUUAUCGUGAAAUCCAAUUUCAUUCGUUUUAACUGACAUUUUUCCACUCACACUCGCAAAAGUAAUUGUAAAUUAAUUUUAAAAAAAAUAUAUAUCUUUCAAUAUUCUUUUUUUUUUCUUUUUAUUUUCGCUUUUCUCUCGUUUUUCAUAUGUAAUCAAUGAUUUUGCGUAGAAUUAAACACUUAUAUUUCUUUUAAGUAAACAUGAGCAUUUUUUUGCUUCGGAAGUCUGUAUUGUUUAUAAAAAUACUAUUUUACAGAAACUCGCACAUGGGAUUUAUAAAAAACAUUUGAAUAUUAUCAGCUUGUUAAUAUUAUAGUUACAAUGAUUUCAUUUUAUGUUUUUAAAUUAUUUUUAAUAAUCUUUGUAGACUUCUGAGAAUUGUAAUAUUAAUUAAUGAAUUAAUCAUUAAUAAUUAACCUUAUUUUUAAUUAUUAAUGUUAAUUUUAAUGUUUCAAAAUUCUAUUCACAUGUUAUGAAAAAUAUAUAAGAAAUAUUGAUAAAUAAACAAAAUAUUAAUGAAAACGACAGUCAAUGAAUUAUUUAAAUAGAAAAAUUUAUGUUUUUUUCGCAUUUUCGAUAAAAAAGGUUUUUUAAAUUACUUAAUUAUCUUCUCAUUUGUUUUCAUUGUUAAUCGAAAGGCUUAUCAUCACGGCAGUAAAUAGUGAAUUCUGAACACUUUGAACACAAUAAGAAAAAUUGACACGCAAAAAAUUGUUCUACAUAAAUAAUGUCUACAUUUUUGUAACACGGAAGUUGAUUAAACUAAUCACAAAAUUAUAGCAGUUUUUUGUUUUGUUAAUUAAAAUCUGCAAUCGUCAGUAUUACGUGAAAAUAGAUUGAAAUUUUAAAAGAAACGAGUUUUCGAAUAUUUAAAAAAUCUUAUUUAUUUUUAAAUCAAUAAUAAUAAUAAUAAUUACCAAAUAUCUUAUUAUUAUUUUAUUUAAUUAUGCGAAUUCAUUCUUGUAUAAUUAAUUAUUGUUAAAAAUAAUAAAGUUUUCGUAAUCAAUGAUUCAACGAUGAAUCAUUUUCAAAAGAAACGAUUACUGCAUUCUAAAUUUUUGUCAAUAAUUCAAUUGUUUCUUAAUAUUUUGAAUAUUAACUCUAAAAUUCCGUAGUAGAUUGUACGUGGCUUUUAAUUGACACAAAAUCAAGUUACACUCUAAUAAGUUUCUUCUUUUAAUUAUAAUACAAGAAAAUCGCUUCGCGAUCUAAUUCUAAAGCUUAGGUUGCAUUAAAAGAAAAUUACAUACCAGUGAUAAUAAUUAGUCAAUCUCAAAGACAAUUUGAAUAUGUUUGUCUUUUGGAAAACAAAUUCUGUCACGUUUUUUCAUAAAUAAAAAAAAGCAAGAGGAAGAGGCAAUUAUUGCAUAAACUUUUAUUUAUUUUUUUUGUUUUAUUUUAUUUAUGCUCUUGUUUUAAAUAAAUUUUAAUGAAUUUCGCUCUAUACAAAUAAUAUAGGAAAUUAGCAAUUUUUGUUUUAUUUUUAUACAAAUGCAAAGCAAAAAAAAUUUUUAAAAUCACUUAAAAAUGAAGGGAGAAAAAAAGAAAAGUAAAGUAACUUAAAGAAUGUACAAAACGAAUAUAUAUAUUAUAUAUACAUCAGAAGAGCAAAAAUUUUUAAAAAGCAAUGUUCGUGAAACCGUCGAAAAUAUUUAGACAAACUUUCUUUUUUUUGGCGAAAAAAACUUACACUAUUUUACAAAACAAAUCUUGAUAAUGAAAUAUUUUUAUUGAUGAGUUUGUUAAAUGCGCGUUAAAAACUUCUUUUUUUUCUAUCACGAUCAUUUUAUAAUCUCGAGUCAAUAAUUAAAAGUGGAAAAAAUGUUUGUAGACGUGUGAAAAAUUAGAAAAAAAAUUUUUUGGCGUGAAGACGGUCCAUUUUUUGGAAUGAAGUCAAGCAAGAUUGUCGUCUAUUGAAAAUCUAUCUGGAAAUCGCUAAUUGGGAAAAAAAUUGUUUACGAUUAGCUCUACUGUAGCUUAAAAAUGGGAAAAAUAUACUCGAUCGAAAACUGAAACGCUGAGUAAUACGAAAUUAUUUACAAGAAAAUUUACUCGAAUUUCGGUUCCCGUCGUUUAUUCUCAUUCACUCACUCUUUCUCUCUGAAGAAUUUCUUUCUCAAAAUCUUCGAAUAUAAUUUAAAAAUUCCAACAACUCUUAAUUUUCGUAUUCUUUUCUGUCUCUUUCUUUCUUUUUUUUUGAUUGUUGAAAAUUUUUCUAAAUUAUGAAAAUUUCAUAUUUUAUAAAUUAAAAAAAUGAAAUUUAAAAUCAUUUCCAUUAAAACAAAAUGAAAUGUAAUUUUUUUUUUAAUUUCAAAUUUAUUUAUUAAUUUUUCAUUGAAUAAUUAUUUAAUUUGCUUUCUUAAUUUAAAAUUUCAUACAUAAUUUAAUAUCUUUUUUAAACAAAUUAUAUUUUUAAUCGAAAUAAGAAUUUUCUUUAAAGCAAAUUUCUUAAUUAAGAAAAAAAAUAAUUUUCAAUUUGAAAAAUUAUAUUUGAUAAAAAAUAAAAUUAUACUGAAAAAAUGGUCUUUAAUGACAAAAAUGAUUUAUUAAUGAAGAAAAUAACUUUAACGAAAACAAUUACGUUUAAUGAAAAAAAUUAAUCGUUAUCUUUAAAGGAAUUUUCUAAUUUUUGAAACACUUUUUUUUUUUUUUUUUUUUU